AUGAAGUCCCCAGCUGUUCUGGCCACGGCCGCUCAACUCUCGGCCGUCCUGGCCGCCGUCGUCCCGGCUCCCCAGCAGCCGAGCACCAAAACGGUUUUGCUCGCGGAAACGACGAUUACGGUUGGCCCGCCGUCGGCUUUCGCGGCUUCUGCUCCCCCAUCGAAGCAUCGCUUGUCUCCCGCUCCGCCCUUCUCGACUUUCGCUCGCGUUCCCAAUGGCUCCGUCACCCUGACCCUCCGCGGUAGCAGCACUAUUAUCGUCCCGCAGUACACCGGAACUGAUCCGGCGUCUCAGCGCAAUGCUACUGCUGCUGCUACGGCUAGUGCCGGUCGCGGAGCUCGUCCUCAUGGUCCUUUGAUUCCUCGCGGCGAUGGUGGUGACGAUGGCGCUGAUGGGGACUCUGGCGCUCAAGACGACAACAAGGGCGCUCAAAACGGCGACCAGGGUGCUCAAAAGAACAACGACCAGGGCGCUCAAGGUGAUGGCCAGGGCGCUCAAGGCAAUGACUGGGACGUUCAAAACGACGACCAGGGCGGUCAAGGCAAUGACUGGGGCGCUCAAUUCAAUGGCUAUGGCGGCCAAGGUAAUUAUUACGGCGCUCAAUUCAAGGGCUAUGGCGGUCAAGGCAACGCCCACGAUGGUCAAGGCAACAACUGGGGCGCUCAAGGUGAUGACGAGGGCGCUCAAGGCAACGACUGGGACGUUCAAAACAACGACGAGGGUGCUGAGAAGAACAACGACCAGGGCGCUCAAGGCAAUGGCGAGGGUGCUCAAAAGAACAAUGACCAGGGUGCUCAGAAGAACAAUGACCAGGGCGCUCAAGGUGAUGACUGGGCCGCUCAAGAGAACAACAACCAGGGCGCUAAGAACAACAACGAGGGCAAUGGCCAGGGCGCUCAGAAGAACAAUGAUCAGGGAGCUCAGAAGAACAACGAUCAAGGCGCUCAAGGCAAUGACUGGAGCGUUCAAGAGAACAACGACCAGGGCGCUCAAGGCAAUGACUGGAGCGCUGAAGGGAACAACGACCAGGGCGCUCAAGGCAACAACUGGGGCGCUCAAGGUGAUGACGAGGGCGCUGAAGGCAAUGACUGGGACGUUCAAAACAACAACGAGCAGGGCGCUAAGAACAACAACGAGGGCAAUGGCCAGGGCGCUCAGAAGAACAACGAUCAAGGCGCUCAAGGCAAAUCUGGCGCUCAGGGCAACGAACAGGGCGCCCAGGGCAAAAACCAAGGCGGCGAAAACAACAACAACAAGGGCGCUGCUCAGAACAACGCUAAAGGCAAUGGCAACGGCGCUCAGGGCAAAUCUGGCGCUCAGGGCAACGACAAUGGCGUUCAGAAGAACGAACAUGGUGCCGAAGGCAAUGACAACAACAACAACAACAAGGGCGCUCAGGGCGGCGAACAAGGCGCUCAAGGCAAGGACAACGACAACGGUGCUCAAAACGGACACGGUGCCCAAGGGGAUGACGACGACAACGACAACAACAACAACAACAACAACAACAAGGGCGCUCAAGACAACGACAACGGUGCUCGUGCUAGCACUACUGUUCACCCUAAAUUCAGAUUUGGUGCCGUAUAUGGUGACGCUUCUGCCACUUUCACUGGCUUUGCCACUCCCACAGGUGUUAUCCCUGCUCGCUUCGGCCAUGGCCCCUUUGCUGGUUUCUUUUCUGCCCUGAACCCCUGGGCUAAAGGCUCUGGCACAGCUCCCGCUGAUUUCGGCACUUUGACUGUUGCCCCUAGCGCGUUCCCCACCGGCGAUGUUGCUUCCUACAAAGCUGCUGCCAGCGAAGCUGCUGCAUACUGGGCUGGCAACGAGGCUGCUGGCAAUGAAGCUGCCAAUGAAGUUGGCAAAUGGGUUGACAACAACCAAGGUGGUGCCAAUGCUUUUUCCAGCGGGGCCGGUAACGAGGAGGCCUUCAAGGCUGCUGCUACCUGGGCUGCCAACCAUGGAGGUGCUAAUGCGGGUGCUGGACUCAACACGCCUUAUUCCUCCGUCACUCGCACCGCCACUGCCUUUGCCACCAGCACUACCACCACCACCCCUGAGGCCUACGGUAACGGCCACGGCGCUCAAACCCCUGUCUCUUCCGUGUCUGCUUCCGGUUACGGUUCGUCUGCUUCCGGUUAUAGUUCAUCCGCUUCCGGUUACAGCUCGCCCGCUUCCAGCUACAGUACCCCCGUUUCCAGCUACAGCGCAUCGACUCCUGCCUAUAGCACGCCUGUCUACAGCUCUUCUUCCUACAGCACUCCUGCCUAUAGCUCUUCUGCCUACAUCACUCCUGUCUACAGCACUCCUGUCUACAGCACUCCUACGCCAAUCUACAGCUCAUUUACUGGCUAUAGUUCAUCGACUUCUGGCUACAGUACCCCUACGGAAAGCUUCAGUGUCUCUACUCCUAACUAUGGCACUCCCUCGGCAGGCGUCUCCACCCCUUCCCCUAGCUACAGUGCUGGUGCCGGAAAUGGUGGCAGCGCUAACGCUGAGUCUUCCACUUCCAAAUCUGACAUUGCUGCGCCUUCAGCUAAAGCUGCUAGCGUGACGGGCGAGUUCACUGCCGCUGCUACUAAGCAGUACACUUGCGCUUCCGCUGGGCUUCUGGUCGCGGCGCUUGCCCUGAUGGUUCUGUGA